CGACCUUGAAUUAUAGUGUUGUAAAUAUUUUAGGGAAUUAUGAAAUCUGAUGAAGUUUUGAAGUUUUCUAAAAGUGGGGUUUAUUUUUUAAUACGGAUGCGGUUUAAAUUGGUUUAUUUAGAAAUCUUAGCAAAAUAAAAGUAGUGCGAUGCAUUUGGUCUCAUUUUUCCCGUGAGGAGCGAAAAUAUUCAUUUAAAUUAAAUCAUGUUUUGAUUUUGUUCAAGUGUCGAGUAUUUGGAAGCAAGAAUUUUUUUUCUAAAAAUAUAGACCUGUGUUUAAAAUUCUAUAUGGUUUUUAAAUUUUAGUUUAUUUUUAAUAUGAAAUUGAACAGGCCGUAAUUAAGAAUUCAGCUGCUAAGAGGGUGAAGGAAGAGAGCGAGUAAGGUACAAGUAUCUCUAAAUGGCAUUCCAACGAGUAAAGAAAUACAUGCUGGACAACGCUUAUACCCACACCGACGAAUGGCUUAAAGCAUGUAUGGAUUGGAUUGAGUCAACAUUCGGCAAUGUACCAGAUGAAAUAUACCAAAAGCACGUUUACGAACAAUGGAUUGAUGCAAACUUGGAGGAGCUGGGCAGUUCUUGUCUUCCUGCGAAUUUAUCUGGUCAAAAAUGUUGCAAUCUGGGUGGAAAAUACGGACUUCAGAUGAAUUCUAUUCAAGACAUUGGGGAGUCGGCGUACAAUCAGUGGAAGAAAAUUCGACAACUUGAGAAUGAAAAUAUUAAUGUCACCGGUGCAGCCACUAAUACCGACAACCAAUGGGCUCCGAAACCUAAAAGAUGUUUAUAUCUUACUCUAUCGGAUGGAAUCCAACUGGUGUAUGGAUUGGAGUUAACUCCCAUAUCUUGUCUUUCCCUCAAUUUAAGGCCAGGUGUUAAGAUACUAUUUAUGGGACCGAUAGAAUGCCGACGAGGUGUGCUACAGUUACGACCAGUCAAUGUAAAAGUCAUCGGAGGUGAAGUUGAGGGGAUAUUUGACAGCCAUUCCGUGGAAGCUGUUCUUUCCAGUCGAUUAAAUAUACCAAGGGAUAAUAUUGACCCAGCUCCUACCACAACUCAACGUGCUAACAUUCCAGCACAGAGUGUAGAAGAUGUUGCAUUUCCCGAUACAAUGGACGACGACGAUGAUCAAUUUUUUAUGGAGAUUGAUGAAAACCUCUUGUUAGGAUCUGAUCACCCUCCAAAUCCACGAACAUUGGCCAACUCGUCACUAGAAACACAACUUAUUGACAUUGCUGAUGCUAACACCGAAAUAAUUAAUACUCAAGACUUUCGAAAUAUGAUUGCUACACAAUCAAAUAAUUCAAAUACUAGGCAAAACCGCAGUAGUAAUAAAACGGUAACGAACAGCAGCAGUUUUCCCUCAACCUCAUUAAACUCAACAGUAAAGCCUCCCCCAGUCGCUAUCAAAGCUUCGAUUAAUGGAUCUACUGCGACACGGGCGAAUGUUCCCGAUUCUAGCGCAUCAAAAUCAACUUCGUUGGUGAAAAUGCUUGGUGGAUUUCAAACAGCAAAGAACGUAACUAAUUCAUCCAAGAAACCUAAAGGCAAACAAUUGAAAAUAGAUGGAUAUAUGAAGCCGAUGCCAGUUAUCAUAAAACCUGCUACACCUCCAGUUAAACCAACAGUCGCCGUACGAAAAGUUGUUACUGAAACUGUCCAGCCAUUGAGUCAACCCAAAAUUGAAGAAUCUUCUAUCAUUCUUGUAACCGACGGAGAUGAGGAUGGUGACAUGAGCGUUAUUGAAGACGACUCGGUUGUCGCUGAGAUGGAUACAGAUGAAGAGAACGCUGUAGGAAGAAGAGAAAAUACUACACGGAGGGCACCUCGAUUUGUUCCACCGAUUGCUGCAUCCACACCCAUCACAACUUCAAAAUCAAAGUCCACUGGAAUCGUUCAUCCCACCAUCAUCUCCACCCCCGUCAGAUACCCAAUCAUGGUACCUGGUCGGCCAUACAUUUACAUAAAGCAGAUAAAGGAAAACUUGGAGCAUUGGAUUAAUACAGGGAUAAAAAGUGUUAACAUCAAAGCCUGUGUGGCCACACUUAUUUCAAAUAUACGAGUGGAAAAUGGUGUUUGGACGUUAAGUGUUUCGCUAAAUGACGGGACAGGGUUUCUUAACUGUACACUAUCUCCUGAAUUAUUAAAUACAAUUAUCGGUUUCGAUCCGGCAGAGAUGAAAAGACUGAAGAGCAUGAAGACUCAGACGGCAAGGGAAAAAAUUGCACAGGGCAUGAAGGAACUUACAGAACAAUUGGUUCUCUUGAAUGCCAUUGUGGAAAUAGAGUUAUGCAGCCCGGAUCCCAUAAUAUUAAACUUUACAGAUGUCAGCAUCCUCCACGUUAAUGCCAUAAAAUACAGAAUCUCGGCACUCAAAUGAAUUAUCAAAGUUUUUAUUAAUAAGUAUAUUUCCUGCAACCAUUUUAACCUGACUUUAACCUGUGAUACAUCAUCCAUUUAUUUGUUAAUAGAAAAAUAAUUGUGGUUGAAAUUAUUAAAUUACGCUUUGAUAACUAUUUUAA